GUCACAUGAGCGGAACAAAACAAACGUACUUCCUGUUUCUUCUUGUAGCACGUUGCCUUUUUUUCCUCAGCACCACCACGCCAGACAAAUCCCCAACAUGCCGAAAGCCAAGCAGUCAGCGAGGAGAAAGAAGUUCAAUUACACUACAGACCGGAAGAAACUGAAGAAACAGUACCUCAAGAAAUGCAACCCGAGGAUAGAAAAUUCACAGAUUCGAAAUGCAUGGGAUGACAAGAAGUCCAUGGCCAGAAACCUGCAGGAGAUGGGUCUGGCUUUUGAUCCCAACCGCACGCUGCCAAUAAAGAAAAAGAGCCUCCUUGGUGAAGACAAGGCGACGAGAGCUCCCGCCGGCAUCGUGACCAAGCCCUACGUUAUCAGCCAGCUGGAGGAGGAGGCCGGCCGUCCAGAGAAAGACACCAAGACGCUGUCCUCCGACCUGAUGGAGUACGCUCAGUACAUGAUCCGAGAACACAAGGACGACUUCAAGGCGAUGGCCAGGGACGAGAAGAACUACUACCAGGACACGCCCAAACAGAUCAAGAGGAAAAUAAACGAGUACAAGCGCUGCCACCCGGAGCACUACGACAACUUCAUCAAAUCACUAGCUGCUCCGGAGCCGAUGGCCCAGUAGAGGGGUUGUCAACUCCAGUUCAGGACUUGAUCUCAUUCUCUGUAUCCGGAUCUCAUUCUGGAGAGACUGUCGGCAGCGCCAACAGGACAGAAGUCCAGUGUGAGGACAGCAGAUGCACUCAUCUCUAGGGCUGGCUUCCUAAAUCAUACUUUUUUUUUUAUCAAGACCAAUUUUUUUUUUUAA